CGGCCGGACAGCCCGGCACCCGCCUUCCCUCCUUCCUUCCUUCCUCCCCUCCUUCCUUCCUCCCUUCCUUCCUUCCUUCCGCCCGCGCCGCCGCCGCGCUCACCGCCCCGGCGCCGGAACCGCCGCCUGCGUCAUCACCCUCAGCCCGCUGCGCCUCGGUAAGGGCGGCGGGAGCCUCGCCCGAGAGCCGCCCGCGGGCUCGGAGGGGCCCGGUCACCCCCUCAGCGCCCGGCCGGGGCAGCGCUGCCGCCGGAGCGUGAGGGAGCGCGCCCAGGGCGGGAAAUCCCGUGAGGGAAGGCCCGUGUGGGAACCGCGCGGCGCUCAGAAUUCCGCUUAAAAGUGAUGGUCUCUCGCACAUGCGGGCGAUACGCGUCAAAAAAGCAACCUCCAAACGCCUUUUAUAGCAGGAAUUGGCAGGGGGUGUGGAUAAAAGGGUCAGAAAAUAAAUUGGCAGGGUAUCGCUAGAAGUGGUGGCCAGUGAAACCGUGGAGCGCAGAAUUCCAGGUAAAAGCGAUGUCAAAGGAACAACGGGACGUGGCAGCCAGCGGUGGUCUGUGGUCUUUCCCAGCCUAAGUGUUCCUGGGGUUCUGUGCUGCGCGCCCUUCGUUCCCACCAGGUGCUCCGCAUUCCUCCAAAUCCCUGCUCUGCAACAAUUUUUAUGCAAUUUCACUAAAAGUGACAAACAUUGAGAGGCCCCUGUCAGUUCGAGCGUGUGUCUUUAGUGAAACCCUUCAAAUGCGUCGUCGUGCCCCGGUUCAGCCCUCAGGCCCCCUGCCCCAGAUCUUCAUCCCCAAAGUGUAUCUGGGAUAGUAUUACUGUUGCCUCCAGUAGGGCAGCAGCCAAAGUUAAAUGUAAGUUAAAUAUUUAUAUUGUGGCUUCCUUAUUGAAGGAAUGGGCUUUGACCAUUGUUCUGGAAUUGGUGUUUCCAACCAACAAUGCCUGUUCUGGUUAUAUUGUACAGAAAUGAAAAGAAAUUGUUGUUAUUUGAGUACUUGGGUGUUCUCUCUUAUUUGGCUGAUGUUGGAGAGCACCGGUCAGGUGUGCAGCUCCUCUGAAAUCACACAUUCCGUUUUUAAAUAAAUCCUCACCUGGCGCUCAUCGUGGAGUCUGCACAGCUCCCCCCAGAUCCUGGCGUUGCUGAAAUCCCACAAAAACAUCCUGAUGCCUGCCUCUGGAUGUGCCUAAUGAAAGGACUGCCCGGGUUGUCAGAGCCCCACUGUCAAAUUGCAUCAUUUCCAAGUCAGCUGGGAACAACUGGCACAGACUCUUACCCUUCCCAUCGAGAAGAUGAACCUCUAAUCUUCGGGUACAAGGGCUAUAUGUUAUUAUAGGUCUAUAUGUUAUUUAUUCCUUUACAAAUAUCUGUGCAGAUGACUGUUUGAUGCAAUCCAGGAGGAAUAAGCUCUAGCCCCCUACCUCCAGCUUCCUGGUGUGACUGUGCAGGAAUCUCAAACCACACCAGCACGAGAUGUGUGAUGGCAGAUCAGUGACAAUAAUACUUUUGUCCUCUUAUAAUUUUUUUUUUCAUUACAAUUAAUGCAAAUGCGUUGAUUUUUACUGGUUUCUGUUGUGGUGCAAGCAGAGAUUAAACCUUUGGCAUAUGUGUUCUUCAGCGUUUAUGUUAUGUAUUAUUUGUUGUCAUGGUGCAGAUGCUCCACGUUCACCCAGCCGGGCCGGGCAGGGCGGCUGCAGAGCGGGGCUUGCCCUGGGAGCUGUUCGCUGCCCUCUCUCUCCCUUCCCGGGAUGGUCUCAGCCACAUUGUAUCACAAAUCCGCCUUUGAUGCUGGCUGCCUCAUUCCAAGUAUCCGUUCGGGUUGUUAGCCUUGGAAAGGCUGCGGCUUGUUGCUGGUGAAGGCAGCCGCAGUGUUCUGUCUCCGUGCGGCACUGUCGGACAGGCAGCCUGUCGGACACUGUUUGUGCCGCUCCUUUUACGGGGUGCCCUCUGCUCUGAUCAAAGAGUGAUCCUCAUUCGCCACUGCAGAGCAAGUCCUUUUCCUCCAUUUCACAGCACCCCGGUUAUCCCCCUCUCCCUGCCCCCCUAGCUGGAGCCUUUUGUGCUGGAGCCCUUCCACAGAAGGGCAGUGGAGCUGGGGACUCAGCCUGGAGAAAAGGAGGCUCAGGAACUCUAGAACUCCCCCUAGACAGGAGGGUGCAGCCACGUAGAGGUCGGGCUCUGCUCCCAGUUCACAAGCAACAGAACAAGGAACAAGCCUCAGGUUGUGCCAGGGGAGGUUCAGGUGGGAAAUGAGGAAGAAUUUAUUCGCAGAAAGGGUUGUCAAGCAUUGGGAGUGCCCAGGGAAGGGGUGGAGUUGCCAUCUCUGGAGCUGCUCAAGAGACAGCUGGAUGGGACACUCAGUGCUCUGGUGUGGUUGACAAGCUGGAGAUUGGUCACAGGCUGGACUCGAUGGUCUUGGAGGUGUUCUCCAUCCUAAAUGACUCUGAGAUUCUGUGAGUGCAACAGCAAGCAAAGCUCUUGAAUUCUUUAGAGAAACUCAGUUUUAGAACCUUGGGGCUCAUAAGAUUUGAUUUUGUCAUGGGCAAAAGCUGCUAACACAACUCUGCUCCUAAUCUUGGGAUGGUUUGAGUGCCUUGGGAAGGUGUGACAUUUCUCCAGCACUUUAUAUUUUAGAAACCCAAAGGAAAACAUUCCUGUAAAUACUAUGAAAAUCACCAAGACAUAAUGAAGGAGUAAAUAAUCCAGAUUUUUUAUUAGUUUGUUUUUUUUUGUUUUUUUUUUUGGUGUGUGUGUGUGUCCCAGUUUCCACAAGGGUGUAUGACCCAUGGCUGUGUUUCCUGUUCAUAAGGCUCUUAGGGAAUGGAUUGCAUAUCAUGAAAAGUCAGUGUAGGCUCUAAAUAGGGCAGUAAUACCUAAAAUCACAUUUCCUUCCCUGCUGAGUCUGUGAAGUUGGUUAACUUUGGACACUUGGGUUUAUAGGCAGCAUAAAGCUGCAGGAAAUUGUGGAAUCAUAGAAGCACAAACGGGUUUGGGUUGGAAGGGAUGUUAAACAUCACCUAGUUCCAGCUUCCUGCCAUGAGCAAGGACACCCUUGACUAUCCCAGGUUGCUCCAAGCCCUCUCCAGCCUGGCUUUGGACACUUCCAGGCAUGGGGCAGCCACUGCUGCUUUGGGCAACCUGUGCCAGGGCCUCACCGCCCUCCUAAAGACUGAGAAAAAUUGCAACCCUUUGUUAUCUCUUUCAUCUGUGAUUUCUGCUUCUGUUUAUUCCAUUUCCUCCAGGUUAUUGACCAUUCCACUGAGCAUUCCACAGGCGUAGUGGGAAAACCUGGGGUCUGGAUUCAGUGAAUACUUUCAGGAACUGUCUUCUGUGUGCCAGAUUCCUUAAAACGUUCUAAAGGAUAAACAAUGUGUUGAAACCUCUGCUGUGGUAUAAUUACCCUCAUGGAUCUGCUUUCAGUUUCAUUUACAGCUGCUGGAAGCAGUGUCAUUGUCAAGGUCAGGAAGCAGGGAGCAAGGGAGCAUGAGUUUUGUUUGCAAUUAAUACAGGGACUGAAAAGAGGUUAUAACUUCUUGAAUUUUUGGUACAACUUCCACAACGCUACCAAGUUGAUCAUCCAAAUAAACUUCAAUCCAAACCCCAAAUCCUGCCAUUCUCACUGAUGAACGCUUUUGUUGUCUUUGGUAUGUAGAGUUUUGCCAUCGUUGCAGCUUCUAUAUGUGCUGGAAUGUUUUUAUUUCUAUCAUUCAGGGAAGUGUGAACCCCAGAUUGGAUUGUAUCAACACACAGACCAAAGGGACUCGCUCACGGGACCUCCCUGGGGCCCAGCAUGGACGGGAGCGAGUUUCCUGUGAGCAUCUCAGGUGGUGUGGCCUUGCAAGUAAAGAAAAUAAAAACGGUCCAGACAGAUGGAGAAUUCAAGAGGAGCAGCGCUAGCCCAGGAGAAGUGCAUAGAGUUGCAGCAGAAGGCUAAGGCAGAAUGUGGAAUAUUUCACCUUGCCUUUGGAUUUCACUUACGGGGACAAGAUGCUUCACAUUUCAUUUGUGGAACCUCAGAAUUUGUGAUUGCAGCAUAAUGUGCAGAAGUGGACUGUCCUUUUAUGUCAGCAAGUAAACGACAGUGCCAAAUUUUAAAAUGUCUUGUUCUGCCUGCUCCAGUAACGAGGACGUAAAAAUGGUUCUACAAACUUUUCUGCUCCUGCUGAGGUACCACCUGAGGCCCUGACUCUCAGCUAAAGAAAUUGCAAAGACAGCAGGGGAUAUUUGAGGUGGAAAAUGCUAUUCUUGCUCCAGGACUUCAUUUAAAACUACUAUAUUUUCAUUUUUCAAAGUUGUGAGGGCUUUAUCUUAAGAAAUUGUUUGCUCAGGAAUAGAGGAAAGGCUGAGAAAAGAAUCACUCCCUUUAUGUCCUUAAUGCUUGAACAUUUACAAGUUGUCUUAAAGAGCUGAACUAGGAUCUUCCCAAGAAAGAAACCAACAAAAACACCCCAAGGCCAUAACAGAAAAACCAGCACAAGAGAACAAUUAUAGCAGUAACACAGUCUGUUUCUAUGGAGAUGGACAUGAAGGAGAAAAUAUUUACCAGCUUGGCAGUUUUUAUGCCAGAAUGGGAAACCCCUACGUUUACAAUGAAAUAAAAUGGAAAAUAAGGCAAGUAAGAGUGUCAGCACUGCCAGGUGAUGCAGUAACAUUGUGGGGGGACCUGCAGAAUGGCAGAAAUUUUACACAAGUCCUACAGUGCCUCUAGACAUACAGGAUUUUUUUAAACUGCUGAAGUGUUUCAAGUUGAGAGCAAAACAUGUGGCUCCCAGAAUCAUUGAUUUUACAUAUGCUUUGUUUCUGAUUUUAGCACAUACACCUGCUUACACUUAGCAAAGAAGUUAGUAGACUUUUUUUUUUUUUAAUUGAAGGUUACGGAUCAAUGGCCCAAAGAAAUGCAAAACAAAAAGAUGCUCCAAACAUUUCCUGCUAUUCCUCAAAAGUUUGCAUUAUUUCUUUUAUUGCUAAAGCACAUCAAACUUAGGAAAGGAAUAAUAACAGUUUCUUGCCAAACAGAAGCUUUCAACUUAGGCUCUUGACUGUACCACAUUAAAUGGCUCUUCUCUCCUGCCAAAGGCCAUCAGGUAUCAUAGCAGAGCAGCACAGCAAUUGGAAACUGAGUGCCAAAGAGUUUCUAGGGCACAAGUGAAUGCACUGGAUUCCAAAGGUCUCUGGGAGUUAUGUAAGAGGAAGAACAUAGAUCUCCACCAAUAGUCCUACCAUGGACCAAACAUCAAUCACAGCACCGCAACAAUUUCAGUUCCAGAGACAAUUAUUAAAGACAUUAUUAGAAAUACUGAAGAAAAAUCUCUUCCUGAGAAGGACUUCCUGAAUAGAGCAAUGCUGCACCUCGGGUAUUUCUUCCCCGCAUCUAUUUACUAUUUAGAUACAAAAUUUAGACAUGCCCAUACCAAGAUAUAGCACUGAUUUUUGUUGAGGGACCUUAGAAAUGGAUAAUAGAUGAAGCCCAUACUCAGCUGUCUUAUGGAUUACCUACUUGAACUGGCAGAGCAAAAAGUCACAGGGACAUGGAAAGUAGAGACAAGUUAUGAGAAGCCUCAGAACUGUUACCCUCACAAAGCACUGAAGGCUGUGUAUUUGUAUAUAUUCAGGAAAUCGAAUGCUUAAUAGGUCAAGCAAAGCUGUUCUUGUUCCUGCUGCCAAAGAAUGAUGCUGGCAAAUGGUCAUUAAUAAGGGAAACAGCUACAUCACUACACUGUGGACUUGGGAGACAAAGGGGUAGGGAUGCCAGAAUGGCCUAGGGAUCAAGUGUACAGGAUCAGCAAGAACAGUCAUUCUUGUGGAUUCAAAAAUCCUUCUCUGAAGGAUCAAGAGCUCACUAACACUGCAGGUUAACAUCUGGCUGAUGCCAGAGGAUGAACAGGUGAGUACCAGAACUCACUGAGGACAUGCUCACGAGACACACCUGACACGGAAUGCCAUUGGCUGCACCUGAGCAGGUCUCUGCCUGAAACCCCUUCUGUCUUUGUGUUUGGUUUGUAUCGAUGAGUCCAUCUCUGCUCAAACAAAAGCCGUGUAUCUGACAUGUUUGACCCCUUCUGCACAGGAGCCAGACAUCAGCGAUAAGAAUGGCAAACAUCCUGCACCAGAGCAGGAAAAUAAAGUGAUGGCUGAUACCUCUCCAUGUGUCCAGAGCUACAGACAUUUAUUUAGAAAUAUACUGAUCAUUACAGUUAUUAAAAAAUAGCUACUCACUGUGGCCACUGGCACAGGAAUGUCUUGUCUCUAGGUUUGCUGUGUGCCUCAUGGUCCCGUCCCACAAACAGAACUAUAGGUCUUGAAAAAAGGAAGAAACAGCAGUAAAUAAAAUCGAGGGCCCAAAAGUAAAGAGGUUCUUGAAGUCCUUUGGGUUCUGAGAGAUUACUUGGAAAAGUACUAACUUCCCAAAAGGGCUCUGACUGCUGUUCUCAUGAUACAUCACAUUUGUUUCUCAAGAGCCUCAUUCCAUAUUAGUACACCUCGGUCCACUGUUUCUACUCUUCCACUUUGCACAGGCUGGUAUGAUGAAAUAUUUUAAAAGUAUGUAUCCUUUUUAUUUCCAGGUCAAUUACUCUUGGAAUUAUUGUCCUUUGGUUCCCCACACCUGGAAUAAAACUAGUUAUCACAUGUAACUUUAGACAUAAACGAGUGUGAAAAUGGAUCAUCCUAAAAUGCCAUUGAUAAAUUCCUUUUUCUAAAGCCAGGACAACUGUUGUAGUGAAAUCAAUGCAGUAUGAAAGCACAGAGUAGCAAGAAACUCAGUAUACUAUUUAAUAUUGUUAAACAAACAUGAGCCCUGGAGUUCAGCUCUCAGCAGUUAUAUGAACCAUUGGCAUGAAGUACAGGACAGACAACAGAAGAUAUCUAGAAAUAAACAUGGACCCUGUAUUCCAAACUUACAUAUUAACUCCAGGGGACCAGGAGUAUUCUUGCUAACACUGCACAAUGAUGAAAAGGAAAAUUCCAGAGAGCUUUCAAGAGGCAACAUUGCAAUCACAGUGCUGAAUUUCAGCUUUGCCCUCCCAGCCCUUAGCUGAAGUUUUCUGGAGACUUCUUUGGUACGGCCUGAGAGCAUCUCAAGAGCUGUUCUAAGACAUCGUUCACAAUACCACAGUUUUUUACCGCCUUACAGUUACCCACAAAAUACCUAAAUGUGUGUUUCUGUCCCACUGAAUGCUCUCUUAAGAUUUGAUGGGAGAUGGCUCUUCUCUGACAGAGGGAUAUGAUCAAUAACAUAAUUACAGACUGAAUUAACAAGCUCCUUCCCCAGAUUUUAUUAGGCUAAAGUAGCACGCGUCCGAAAGGUCCAGAUUGCUCCCACACUCAUCAAUUCCCAUCAUUCUCCAGAAAUGUGGGAUUUUGCUACAAGCACCUGAAAACAAUCCCCAUGUCUAAUAUUAUGACAUUUCUAACAUUGCUUUUCUGCCAGCCUGGCUUUCCUGCACCAUCCUUCAUGUCAGAGUUAUCCAAAUAGCCUCUUAAUUCCCAAAACAGAGCCUUGUUCAUUUAUAUCUCUAACAGAAUGCUGGCUUUUACCUACAAAAAUAUCAGGAACAGACUCAGGAAAAUGCAGACUUUUUUUUGGCAACAGGAGCAGCCUGUAGAAAUUUAAUUGUAUCAAACUAUUCUGUGAACUCAUCUCAGUUGGAGAAAAUAACAGCCUUUCUGGAACACAAGAUGCAUUGCCUAGGCAUUUUCCUGAAUGAAAACUGCCUGCAAAUAUUUUGAGCUCAGACAUACCAUUUGCCUUAUUUCAAAUGUCUUUAAAAGCUCACACUCAGAAGCAAAAGGAAGUAUUAUGCAUGUACUUACUUAGUCAAAUUUCCAGAAAAUCGAUCAUGGAAUUGUUCUUACUAUUCCCAUUAGGAAUAAUAUGGAGUUAUGGCAAAACUGCCCAUCUGAGGAAGAAAAACAGAGUAAAAAAAUGGAACUUUAAAGAGUAAGGAAGAGUUUAGAGAGCACACGCUCAGCUCUGCCACGUGGGUGCUCAAGAAGCAGAGCUGCAAGGCAGCACACAAGCUCCAGCUGUGUGGGCUGAUAUCCACACACUGGGGACAUCAAUUAAUUAAAAUAAAUGGAGGCAUCCCCCGCUGGGAAGCUACAUCACUUUGCACUCAGCAAGGAUCCAGCCUUGUACUUGUUUGGGAAUUUUUGAAGCAUCUGUAUCACUGUGUGCCCUGAAAAGUAAUUUUGAUUUAUUCCAUGUCCUGGGGCUCUGUGCAAACUGCACAUUUUUCCUAUGUCUGAUCUCCUAAGUUACUGACUAAUCAAUUGAAGUUUUUCAGAGAUGAGAGCAAUCUUUAAUUAAGAGAUUACUCUUGGGAGGAUGUGAGUACAAAUGAGAAAUUGCAAAAAUUCUGAAAUGAACAGCUCUUGUACAUGUUUACCCAUGUGUUUGGCUGUUUUCUGGAUAUCAGUGAACACCAGUACCCACGGAAAAACAGAGCAGGACCUAACAAAUUCAGGAGCUCAAAGCAGCCACACAUGUCUGGAUUAGCCAUCUCGUCUCAAUAAAGUGAUUUAAAAUUAAAAUUCUCUAAUUUCAGGUGGACUGAAUGGUCUCUGGGUGAGCUGUUGCUAUACAAUACCAACAUGCUUUGCUUUUGAACAAAUAGUAGCAAAAAAAAGAGGCUACAGGAUUAGCCCUGAUGACUUUUUAGUCUGAUGCCUUGAACUCCUUGUUUGUCAUUUGAUAAGGAAAUUUACGCAAAACUUUAUCUUUUUUGGGUGCUGGAAGGUUCAACCUCUUUGGGAAAAAGGCCCACAGUAACAACAUAGAAUAAAUAACUAAUACCAAAUUAAUUUUUGUCAAGGGCAGCUGAAGUUUUGUAAUCUUCCUCAGGCCAAAUGGCAAUCCACAAAUGCCAGCUUGAGGGUUAAUAUUUUACAAGCACGGGUAGUGAAGAGUAUAUAAGCAAAUGCUCUUCCUUCAAUCUUCCUAGCAUUUUUGAGCAAUUUUGCUCACAUCAUAAUCUGAAACCAUGAAGUGGUUAACAUUAAUUUCAUUUAUUUUUCUCCUGAGUUCUGCCAGAUCCAGGAACCUGCAAAGAACCGCACGAGAUGCAGACCACAAGAGCCCCAUUGCCCACCGCUUCAACGACCUGAAGGAAGAGACAUUCAAGGCAGUUGCCAUGAUCACAUUUGCCCAGUACCUGCAGAGGUGUUCCUACGAUGGACUGUCCAAGCUGGUGAAGGAUGUGGUUGAUUUGGCACACAAGUGUGUGGCUGACGAGGAUGCUGCCGGCUGCUCUAAACCCCUGCCCUCUGUUUUCCUGGAUGAAAUCUGCCAAGUUGAGAAGCUCCGUGACUCAUACGGCAGCAUGGCUGACUGCUGUGGCAAGGCUGAUCCUGAAAGGAACCAGUGCUUCCUGUCCUUCAAAGUGCAGCACCCAGACUUCGUGGCACCCUACCAGAGACCAGCUGCUGAUGUCAUCUGCACCGAGUACAAGGACCACCGGGUGCAGCUCCUGGGAAAUUUCGUCUACACCGUUGCAAGAAGAAACCCCUUCCUGCACGCCCCAGCCAUCCUGGGCCUGGCUGCUGAGUACGAAAAUGCACUUAAAAGCUGUUGUGCAGAGAGUGACAUUGGUGCUUGCUUGGAUGCAAAGGCAGCUGCCAUCAAGGAAAGAGCCAAGAAGAUAGAUCUGAAGCAGCAGCACGGAUGUAGACUCCUCGAAAAGUAUGGUGAGAGGACUUUCCAAGCAAGUAAACUCGUCCGUAUGAGCCAGAAAUACCCCAAGGCUCCAUUUGCAGAACUUGUUAAGAUGGUGCAUGAUGUGAAGGAUGUCUACAAAGAGUGCUGUGAUGGGGACAUGGUAGAAUGCGUGGAUGACUGGUCAGAGCUUGUGGCCUCUUUGUGCUCUAAACAAGAUGUUUUCUCAAGUAAACUCAAGCCCUGCUGCGAGCUGCCAGCUGUGGAAAAGACCAAGUGCAUCAUGGAGGCAGAGUUUGAUGACAAACCUGACAAUCUUCCUUCACUAGUUGAAAAAUACGUUCAAGAUAAGGAAGUGUGUAAAAGCUAUGAGCCAAACCAUGACGCAUUCCUGUCAGAGUUUGUUUAUGAAUAUUCACGAAGACACCCUGAGCUCUCCACACAGCUGGUUAUGAGGAUUACUAAGGGAUAUGAAACACUCCUGGAUAAGUGCUGCAAGACAGACAACCCUGCUGAGUGCUACGGGAACGCUCAAGAGGAACUGAACAAGCAUGUCAAGGAAACCGAGGAUGUUGUGAAGACCAACUGUGAGCUGUUCAACACCCACGGCGAGGCAGACUUCCUCAAAGGAAUUCUGGUCCGCUACACCAAGAAAAUGCCUCAGGUAUCAACCGAGACCCUGCUGGAAAUCGGGAAGAAGAUGACAGCUGUUGGCAAGAAGUGCUGCGGUCUCCCCGAGGACAGAAGGAUGUCUUGCUCUGAGGGCUAUCUGAGCAUGAUCAUUGAAGACAUGUGCAAGAGGCAGGAGAGCACCCCUAUCAACGAGCAGGUGUCACAGUGCUGCAAUGAGCUCUACUCCUACAGGAGACCCUGUUUCACUGCUAUGGGCGUGGACACCAAAUACGUGCCCCCACCAUUUGACCCCACGAUGUUCAAUUUCGAUGAGAAGAUGUGCACUGCUCCUCCGGCCGAGCGCGAAGCAGGGCAGCUGAAAUUGCUCGUCAACCUCAUCAAGCGCAAGCCCCAGAUGACAGAGGAACAAUUAAAGACAAUUGGUGGGAGUUUCACUGCCAUGAUGGACAAGUGCUGCAAGCAGGCAGAUGUUGAGGGAUGUCUUGGGGAAGAGGGUGCUGCCCUAAUAGUCCAGAGCAGAGCCCUGUUGGGAAUUGGUGUGUAACCUAAGGCUGCCGGUGAGAAAAACACGAAGAAAAAACUUCCUGUGUAACUUCUCCCACCCCUUACCCUUUUUCAUUCGGUACUGAAUGAAUAUUUUUCAUUAAUCUUCUGUGUUUUGUCACACUGUGAACUUUUCAAUUCCUUCACUAAAAUAAUUAAAAAAUAAAGGCUUUAUAAAACCA